UUGAAAUUCUUCGCAAUAUAUUUUUUAUUAUUAUCCUUAGUUUUCUAAUUAUUUCAUUUUUCAUAGACCUUUCAUUUGAUAUUUUCCACGAUACAUCUCUAUUGUCUACAGAAUCCACAUUCCAAACAACGUGAUCAAACUAUUAUUUUUACAAAAGUAACCAAACACAAAUGAAAAGAUAAAAAUUGACAAUCGUAUCGCGUGUUUUGAAUUAUUUCGAAUGGUAAUAAUUUUUACAAAAGACUAUAUAUGUAUCGUCAUGAGCGACAGAGAACGUGGAACAUGGAUGUUAGGGGAAAGUGGAAUGAUAAUUGUUUAGUAUUUCGGCAGCCACGGCACUCACGAGUUGUACGCGCAGCGCAGCGUAGAUGCCAACGAACAAUUUGGCCGUUAUCCGCGAUUUAUUUGUUGUUGUUGAAUCAUAUAUAGUUUUAUCGAGGUGCGUGAUUCACUUGUAGUUAACGCAUAUGACAUUAAGCUAUAGUGAUACGCAAAUGAGCAAUCAACAGAGCACGAAAUCAGACUUCCUGAAAUGCUAUUUCAAAGAUUUCGCCUUGUAAUUUCAGAUAGACUGUCAGUCUGUUAUUGUUCGCUAUGUAUACGUCGUAUACAUUUGUAUGUAGCGGGCGAAUUUCUUAGCGGUCAUACCAGUAUAAACAAACUCAAAUAUACUUGUGCGGGACAAUGUCGACCGCGUAGUUUGAGAGUGGCUUCACGUGCGCACCUUACUACGACCAUUGACUUCUGUUGAAAGUGGACAGAGUACACAGAAGGUCGUCUGUCCCCUUAAUUUUGGAGAAAGAUCACAUUCGCUUUCAACGAUGGACAGAAUAGGAGAGAAAAAGAAACGUUGUCGCCUAGCUCAGCUGCGCACCGCCGUCAGUAACUUCUCCAAUCCCCGAAUCACGGAAAAGAUUUUGGCUGCAGGAGUGGACGUGAACAGCAAGCUCCAAGGCAACUCGCCCGAGCCGAGAUUCACCACGGCGCUGCACUUGGCAGCCGCCAAGGGCAGCUUGGCGAAUUUCGAGAUCUUACUGGACCACGGGGCCGACGUGACGAUGAAGGACUCGGACGGGCUGACUGCACUGCAGCGCGUCGCGAGGGACUGCUUGACGGGCAACGCCGACGAGCCGCCGAGCAGUCCGCUCAUCAGACCGGCGCUCUCGGCGCACGUCAAGUCCAAGAAACCCGUGAACCCCGACGACGGCCACGGCUUCACGCACAUGCACGUGGCGUGCGCGACCAACGCCGCGGACGCGGUGGCGUUCUUCCUGGACCACGGGGCGGCCGUCGAUCAAGCCGUGAGCGCUGACGCGGCGCUGUUCCCCGGCUACACGCCGCUUCACUUCGCGGCGCGGUUCGCCGGCCUGGCGGCAGCACGGCUGCUCGUCGGCCGGGGCGCCGACGCGGCGCUGCGCGACGCGCGCGGCGCGAGCGCCGCGCAGGUGCUGAUCGAGCGCAAGAUCGCGACGCUUGAGCGGCUGGAGGCGGCCGAGGCGGGGCCCGAGGCCGCGCUGGGCCGCAUCGCCGACGGCGAGGCGAUCCUCGAGCUGCUGCUCGGCCGCGCGGCCGACAUCGGCAUGCCCGAGUACCACGCCGCCUGCGCGCUGCGCAGCCCGGCGCUGGCGGCGCGGCUGCUGGACGGCGUCGGGGACGUGGACGCGCGCAUCGCGGCGGACGCGCCGGCGUGGCCAGGCUACACCGCGCUCCACUUCGCGGCGCACUGCAGCGUGGACGCGAUGCUGCUGCUGCUGGCGCGGGGCGCGAGCGUCGGCGCGCGGGAGGCGGGCGGCGCGACGCCGCUGGAGAUCUGCGCGCGGUGGUGCGGCGCCCGGGACCUGCAUCGCGUCAUGAGCGCGGCGGGCGCGGGCUGCGACGUCGCCUUCUCGGGCGGCGGCGCCGGGCUGCUCGAGUGCGUCGCCGCCAUGAGGAGCGUCGGCCGCUUCGAGCGCUUCCUGCGGCGCGUGGGCGGCGCGGACGCGCGGCUGCCCGCGGACUCGCCGCUCUGGCCGGGCUCGACGCCGCUGCACCUGGCGGUGCUCCUGAGCGGGCGCCGCGCGCCGGGGGCGGCCCCGGGGGCGCGGGCGCGGGCCUUCGACGCGGGCUUCGCGAAGGCGUGCCUGGACCGCGGCGUGGCGGUCGACGCGCGCGACGCCCGCGGCCGGGCCGCCGUCCACCUGGCCUUCCGCCUGGGCAAGGCCAGUCUCGUGGAGACGCUGCUGCGCCACCACCGCGAGGACGCGAGCGACGACGAGGGCCUCUCGCUGCUGCACGUCGCCUGCGCCUCGAGGAGCCUGUGGCCGGUCGAGCAGUGGUCGAGGAGCAGCCGCGUCGACGUGAACCUCGCGUACGCGGGCGCCGGGGCUCUGGCCGGCGGUGCGGUGCGGCCCGGCUGGACGGCCCUGCACGCGGCCGUCGCCGCUAACGCGAGCCGCGCCGUGGUCGAGGUGCUGCUGCGGCAGGGGGCCAGCCCGUACCUCGCCGGCAGCGAUGGCCUGACGCCGGUGCAGCUGCUGCUGCUCGCCGAUCCGCGAGUCGAGCCGAGCCUCGCCGAGCUGCUGCUGUCUCGGCCGGACCUGCGGGAGGCCCCGGCCGGCGCGGCCUUCGCUCACCUGCACGUCGCCAGCUACUUCGACGACGCGCGUACCGUCGAGAGGCUCCUCGACCUCGGCUCCGACGUCGACGCGCCGUCGCGCUUGCCCCGGUUCCACGGCCCCUGCAGCCCGCUGCAUCUGGCCAUCGCGAGCAAGUCCAUGGCGGUGGUGGAGGUGCUCGUGCGGCGAGGCGCCGACGUGCUCGCGCGCGGCCCCGACGGCUCGACUCCGCUCUCGCGGACUCUGGGGAGCGGUAAGCACAGCCGGUCGCUCAACGCGUUCGUCGCCGCGCUGCGGGCCAGCGAGGCACUGCGAGGGCGCGUCGAGAAGGAACUGGGACUGACGAUGCUGCACGCGGUCUGUCACGCCGGCCACGUGGACGCCGUCCGGGACCUACUGGACAAGGGGGCCGACGCGAACGCCAGACUGCGCGACGACUCGGCGUUCUGGCCCGGUUGGACGCCGCUACACGUGCUCGUGACCACCGGCAUCGAGGGCGUCUCUCGGCAGAACAACUUCACGGCCAUGCUGGAGACGCUGCUGGCCCACGGGGCGGACGCGAGCAUCGCGAACGCCCACGGGGACACCCCGCUGCACCUGACGCUCAGGAGGCACCCCUGCGACACGGGGUACUUCGUGAUGACGUCGCUGCUGGCCCACCAGAGGGGCUCGAGCGCGAACCCGGCCAACAGGGACGGCCUGACGCACUUUCACGCCGCCUGCCUGGCGAACGACCUCGAGGCGGUGAGCGAGUUCUUGGCGAGCGACACCGGGCUCGACGUGAACGCGCCUGUCGACUACUUCGCCGAGCUGCACGCCGGCAGCACGGCCCUGCACCUGGCCCUCAACUCCAACUCCAAGAGGCAGUUCGGCGUGGACAACCAGCUGCGCACGCUGGAGCUGCUGCUGCGACGCGGGGCCGACCUGCGCGCGGAGGACGACCACGGCUACACUCCGCUCCACGUGGCCGCCGACUGCGACCCGUCGUGCGUCCGGCUCCUUCGCAGGCUGAUCGAUGCCGGAGCCGACGUCGACGCUCGCACCCUGGACGGCAAAACGGUCUUCGAGAUGCUGCUCUACUCCAAGGAAGUAUCCGUGGAGGAGGUCGGGCUGCUCGUGCGCCGCGGCUGCCGCGCGAACGGCUGCAACCCCAUGACCGACCGGGGCCACCUCUCCAUCAUCCUCAACGAGAAGAACUCGACGCUGCGCGCCGAGAUCCUCGAGGCGCUCAUGGCCGCGCCCGACAUCGCGGCCCGCGACGAGAUGGGCCGCAGCGCCGUGCACAACGUCGUCGCCACGAACGACCUGGUCAUCCAGGAGCACCACUACGUCGAGCUGAUCGACAAGCUGAUCAAGCUGGGCUGCGACCUCGACGAGCAGGACAACUCGGGGAUGACGGCCCUGCACCUGGCCGUCCUCUUCCGCAACACGGCGGCCACCACGGCGCUGCUGAUCUGCGGCGCCGACAUCAACGUCCUCGACCGCCGCGGCAAGACGGCCUUCCGCUACGCCCUCGAGCCGUGCACCCGCUGCUUCGCGCGCUGCAGCGCCGCCCACGACUGCCUCCUCAGCGCCCUCGUCGACCACGUGCACGGGCUCCGGCUGCUCGGGCUGCACGUGAACGAGCUCAACGGCCGGAUGCAGGCCCUGGCCCUCGAGAACCGCUGGAUCAGGUCCGCCGCCAAGCACGCCGACUACGACAGGAGCAGGCGCGUCGACGACAUCGCGGUGGGCGUCAGGGGGUGGACCCUCCGCGACUUCCUCGUGGAGCGCGGGGUCGUCGUCCGUUACCACCGGCUGACGCCUGCGGAACGCGCCGCGGUCGACCGGUUCUUCGAGAGCCUCGACUACCACGCCUUCCGCGACCUCAGGUACAUGCUCAAGAUACAGUACAGGCAGGCCGUGGCGAGGGUUCGGCUGUUCGAGCCGGCCAUCGCCGCGCUCGAAGCUCUCCUCCUGCUGCCGAGCGUGUGCGCCGAGGUGGUCGUGUGCCAGUUGCGAAAUCCCGACUUGAAGAACGUCAUCGCGGCGGCGGCGGCGGCGGCGGCGGAGGCCGACGACUGACUUCCGGCCGCCGUCCUCGCGUUCUCCGACGUUCGGCCGAUCUCGGGGAACUUCGGGGAAUUCGAGUCUAGAGCUGCCUUGGACGACGAUCAUUCGAGAUGACCCUGGAAAAUUUAAUGAACGACCAUCGGCAAGUCCGUUGGUUCGGUUGACGCUGCUGCUGAGAAGCCACGUUUCCACGUUGGGACAAGCUUCUUUUUCUAAUCUUCUGCAUUGUAUACUAAUUCAUAGAAAAACUUUCUUUACUUUUUGCAAUUGCUUUUUCGAGAAAAAAAUCAUCUAAAGAUUUUAGUUGAUCCAAUGCAAGCCGCUGUUUAGUUGGUUCUAUUCUGUUCCAUUGAUUUGCCAUUAUUAUAUAUAUUUUUCGUCAAAACAACAUGGAAAUUAUUGCACUUGCAGCUUAUCUAUUUAUCGAUUGCACAAAGAACGAUUAUCACUAUACGUUUUGUCAAACCUUUAAAAAAUGAUAUAAAUAAAUACUAACCUACUUGCUAC